AUGUUGAAGACAGCAAAAGUAAACUUUUAUCAUGUGGAGCGGCGGAGAAAGGAGCCCGCCAUGUUCCAAGCCACGGAUGCCAAGUCCGGGUUCUCAUCAUUCCCCACGCGAACUCACACCGAACUGUGGACACUUGUUUCUCAUGAGAAUGGCCGGGAGGGAAGACUGGAUGGAGGAGAGGACGAAAGAAAGCCAGGGGACGGCUGGGAAGUGAACCCGGGCCUCCUGAUUACCGAAUUGAGGAAAGCGAGCAACGCGAUAGAAGGAAAGAACCCGACGACAUACCCUCUCCAAUUCCGGCCCAUCCAGGAUGGUAGAUACUCCUUGGGCGUAGAUGAGGAUGACAAGCAAUGCCUAAAUGUCCUCUUCCUCGGCUUGGCCGGAUCAGGGAAGUCGAUGUUGCAAGAGGCGAUGGCAAAUUACGGACUGGGGAUGGAUUAUUUGGAUCCCUAUCGAUUUCAGGUGAAAGUGGACGAACCCACGGAGAAGAUCACUUCACAUACCUUUUUCACCAGAGACAAGAAAAGGUUCCCUCGUCCUGUCACAUUCAUCGAUACCCCUGGCUACCAAAGAGGGACUGUCUUGCAGGACUGCAAGUUGAUGGAAGACAUUCGUGUUUACAUCCGAUCCAAACACGCGCUUGGGAUCCAUGCUAUCAUUUACGUUGUCCAACACUCUCAGGGGAGACUAACGAACGAGCAGAAAGUUGUAUUGGGAUAUAUGGCCAAUGUAUUCGAAGAGCAGGAGAAUAUCAAGGAUAUCUCCUAUUUGUUUUGCACAUUCGCGGACAGCAAAAAAUGCCCCCUCGCCUUACAAGCCAUAAAUGAGGCAGGACUGAAAUACAAGAAACAUUUCGCCGUGAACAGUUCCUCCUACUUCGUCAAGGACGAAGAAAAUGGCGAUUCCAGUGAUGACGACGAGAAAGACCGGAAAGAGGGGAAAUUAGUGUCCAUCAACAAACUCCUGUUCGACAUGACGGUGAAGAGCAAUGAGGAAUUCUUCGACAACAUCCAGCUAAACCGGCCCAUUCAAGUUCGCCCCAAUCCCCGCCCCGAUCCCCGCUUAAGAUUGGUGAAUCCCCCCCAGUAUAUGGUGAUAGACUCGAUGCCAGAGGGGAGAGGGCAAAACGAGCAAACUCCUAUCACCCCUGUGCCACUAAAUAAAAGGUAG